AUGAAGAAAGACUUGACUCCUAACCUGUUAUUUUCAUUAGAUAAAUUUGAUGAUUGGAAAAUCCGUAUGCAGGUUCAUUUGUCUGCACUACAUGAUGAAAUGUGGGAAGUUAUUAAAGACGGGCCGAUCAAAAUCUUAAAGAUAAAUACCGCUGUAGCACAAACGAGUACAACACCGCAGUACAUUCCUAAACCCAAAGAGGAAUGGGGUCCAGAAGAUCGCACACGAAAUAACUUGGACAACAUUGCCAAGGAUAUUUUGUUCAAAGCCAUUGACGAUACAACUUUCUCGAAAGUUCGAAAAUGCAAAACCGCGAAGGAAGUUUGGGAAGUUCUUGUGAAGAUUAGCGAAGGAGACGAACAAGAAAAAGACAACAAGCUCACAAUAGCAUUAAAGAAAUUCGAGGAUUUCAAAAUGCUAAGUGGUGAAUCUAUUACCGACAUGGAGGCAAGAUUUAUCAAAAUCAUGGGAGAAAUUGUCGAUCUAGGCAAAGAGAUUGAUCAAAAUGAGAUAUUGCUCAAAAUCCUACGUGGAUUACCAUCAAACUGGGAUAUGAAGGUCACGGCCAUGAGAGAUCAUAGAGAUCUAAAAAUGUUGUCAACCGACAAACUUUUUAGUGAUCUCAAGGUGUACCAAUUCGAAAUGAAGUCAAGGAUGGAAGAAGAACGCGAAGAGAAAAAUGCCGCACUCGUUGUCAAACAACCAUCCACGUCAAGGUUAGUUGAAAACAGUAAGCAAAACAAAAAUGAUAUUGUGCAGGAAGAGGCUAAGACAAAGGAUAGAAGAUUCAAAAAGGAUAAGAGAAAAGCCUUGAUUAGUGAUCCAUUGGGAUCAAGCAUGUCAGAGGAAUCUUCAAGUGAUGAAAGUGACAACUCUAAGGAUGACAGUGCAUUAUUUUGCAUGAGUAUUUCAAGUGAGUCAACCUGUGAGGACAAGUGCUUAAUGGCGCAUGAUUUGGAAGAAGAUGAGGAAGUAUGGUACUUCGAUAAUGGAUGUUCACGGCACAUGACUGGAAACAAAUCUAAUCUUAUUAAUUUCAAAUCCAUCGAAGGACCAAAAGUUGUAUUUGGAGGAAACGAUCGAUAUGGUUCAAUAAAAGGAAUCGGAACGAUAGUACGAAACGGAUUGAAAAUAGAAGAUAUAUCCUAUGUGGAAGGUCUAAAAUUCAACUUGUUGAGUACAAGUCAAUUUUGUGACAAAGGAUAUCUAGUAGAAUUCUUCAAAGAUAAAUGCCAAGUGAAGAACGAAUCAACCAGAGAAGUCGUACUUGAAGGAACAAGAAAUAAGAAUAUGUACGUUGUGAAUUGGAGCACUACAAAAGAUACAGUGUGCUUAGUGGCAAACAAUUCAAGCAUCACGUGUUGGGAAUGA